AUUAAAUGCAUUGCUGUUUGUGAUUCAUAUUGCUUGCCGGAAGCUCGUCCUUGGACGGCCUGCUGGGCGGGAGAGCACGCCUGUGUAACAUGUCUUGAUAAAAAGAGGAACGGAAUGUUCCAGCAAGAUAGCCACAUACUGUUGUAUAGUCAUUUUUCUGAGAAGAGCGAAAAUACGCCGCCCUGUUGUGUGGGCACCAGUGACUAUAAAUGCACGAAUAAAAAGGUACACUGUGUGACUCUCUUCUGAGAUGCUCACCCAUGUACAUGUGAUUCAUUACGCUGUCUCAUUGUGUUCUGUUUAUAUUUGCAGUUUGCCAUUUGGGAUUUUCCCUUAACAUUUCUUGGUCCUUCAAGCCGGAUGGGAUGGGCUAUUUAAAGCAGCUCCCAUAAGAGGCACCUCACCAGAUCCCGUCUGUGCGAGAAGCCCACGUUGAAGUCUGCCGGCAGCUCACGCACUAGGUGUGUGAUAAAGUCCAAGGACGUGAAUUCGGGUCUUGGCCAACGUUUUACAAGCGGUCCGCACCGUCGGGGGCUGAUCGGGUGCAUCUGAAGAAACCACCACUAAGUAUCUUGCAGGUUGAAGCCAGGUGAUUGGGUCCUGAUUCGAGUUCUCCAGAGAAAGAAUUGGAGCUUGCCGCGCUGGGAAGGCCCAUACCAAGUGCUUAUCACCACACCAACUGCCUGUAAGAUAGCAGAGAGACCAUCUUGGAUUCACCAAAGCCACUGCAAGAAAGUGAGUGACAGCCUAGACUCAUAGACUCCAGCACCCCUACCUUCUGGUGAUCUACCUGGUGAAGAGAGGGCUGAUUGGGUAUAUCCCGCCCUCUACUUCUCGCCAGUAGUCUACUCACCCGAGGAUCUAGGUGUGUUUGGCUGUCAUGAAGACACUCGCCGUCCUAGCAGCUGUCCUCCUGCUCCUAGCAGGACUCCUCGCGCUUUUCGAGGACAAUAAAGAAGACAAACAACACCACCUACAGACAAGGUGGACACAUGACAACUCACACCUUCGUGACAUGACACAAGACCACAUUCACCCAUGGAUGAAUAACGCAUGGCAUCGCUACGUACAUGACAGAACUAAGGGAGAGCCUAACAACACUGCAUGUUACGUCUGCUCCCACAUGCCAUGCACCUCGACACAUCCCACCUUUUAUGGAGACUACAUGAAUAAAACACAAGCCAAGUGCGCUGCCAGUUUCGCGGGCAUUGGCUAUCAACAUAAGAAAAUCAUCAUUAAUGAGACAAGCUCUACCAUUCACUCGCUUAACCUGUUUAGUAUGUUUAUGGGACAUCCACAAUAUGAGUUGAUCACCACUGAAAACGCUGGAUUAGACAAUGGAACGUGUGAUCAACUUUUCUGGAUCAACUUCAACGUGACGAACCGGAACACAUCCAUUCACUUCCCAGUGUUCUUGGACCAAACCCCAGGGAAGAACCACUCCAUGUGCUACCGGCAAGACAACGGUAACAGACCGCUUGGAAACACCACUAAUUGUAAUCAGACCGCUGGAAACGGAGAAGGUGCCCCUGUGAACACAGCCAACCCCUCUAAUGGCACCUACUGGGUGCAAGGAAUGGCCUGGCUAUGUGGACAACGUGCUUAUUUCAUACUACCUCCAGGGUGGACCGGAGUUUGCGCUCCCAUCUUCAUCUCAGAUCACACCUUCAAAACGCCACACCACUUUCUACGGGAAACGCCACAAGGACCCGACGACGACGAGACGUCUCUGUAG